AACUGAAGUCGGCACAAUAUACACAGACGUUGCCGUAUUUCGACUUUUGCCGAGUUCUAUUGUGCGCUGCGCACACCAAGGUCCGAAGCCGCGGGAGCUGCUAUCAUGCGCCCAUCGUGCGUUACCCGGUAAAGGAGCCUCCUUUAACCUCGUUCCCUCUUCUCCUCCUCCUCCUCCUCGUCCCUCCUAAACCCUGAUGGCUCCCCAAAGCCCUAACUCUCCUUCCUCCCCGCGCUCUCCUCGUAAGCGAAGCCGAUCCUCCUCUCCCAGCUCCAGCCCCUGGAGCUACGACGACUACAUCGACGGCUACGCCAGCGGCGGCGGCGGCGAAGGAAAACGGCGGCGCAACGACCUCUCCGUCGUGGUAUGCAAGGACUUCCUCCGCCGCACUUGUCGUCGAGCUCCCGUCGAUUGCAAGUUCGCCCACCCCCACUCCGCCGUCGCCAUCGAGGGGGAUAAGGUGACGGCGUGCGCGGAUUCUCUUCGGAACAAGUGCUUCCGCGGUUCGACCUGCCGCUACUACCAUCCACCCCCUCACAUUCAGAAGUCAUUGCUGAAAUCAAUUGGCUUAGAAGACCCAAAGCCACGUUCUCCUCGUAAGCGACGCCGAUCCUCCUCCCCAAGAUCCAGCCCGUGGAGCUACAACAGUGAUGAUGAUGGCUACGGGAAUGGCAGUGCUAAACGCCGGCGGAACAACCUCUCUGUCGAGGUUUGUAAGGAUUUCAUUCGCCACAUUUGUCGUCGACCACCGAUCGACUGCAAGUUCGCCCAUCCUCUUCCUGCCGUCACCAUCGAGGGGGAUAAGGUCACUGCAUGUGCAGAUUCUCUUCGGAACAAGUGCUUCCGUGGUCUGACUUGCCGUUACUACCAUCCUCCCCCACACAUCCAGAAGUCAUUGCAGGAAUCAAUUGGCAUAGAAGACGCAAAGAUGGAGACAGUCUGUCUAGACUACAUGCGGGGAAAAUGUUUUAGAUCAGCUAGAGAAUGCCGAUUUUCUCACCAGUUAUCAAGUGGCAAUUCUGAAAUAGUUUGCCAAGAUUUUUUACAUGGAAGGUGUGAACGCAAAUCUUGUCGUUACUCUCAUGUUCCAGCUCAUUCAAUGCCGCAGGCUUACUUGCUACCACGUGGAGCACCCAUGAAUGUGCCCAAUUCUCCUCCUCGAAUUGCUAAUGAUCAAGACGUUUUACCAGUAUGUAAAGACUUCUUGAAGAAUAUGUGUAGACGGGAGUCAUGUAAAUAUGCUCACCCUGAUUCACAAACCGAGGUGAUUGGGGACCAGGUUGAAGUUUGUCGUGAUUUUCGACGUGGGCUUUGCCAUCGACCUGUUUGCCGUUUCUAUCACCCAUCAACUGCUCUAAGUGCUGCAAAAGUGAACAGAGUUGAAACCCAUCCAUUAUUCUAAUUGAGGAUACUUCUUCAACAGGUUCAAGUAGACAGGAUAAUCCAACAGUGCAACAAGAGCUGCUACAAGACCAGCAUUGCCUGAUAUGGAUGGCUCCGUGUACUCAGGCAGCUCCCUCUGGUCCAAGAACUGGUCCUCUUUGUCCGGGCCCGCCACCAUUGCGCCCGUCACGACAUUCGGGUUAGGGUCCUUUGCGCUAAGCCAUGCUUUCCCUUCGCUGCAGCUGUACCGCCGGCCGUCUGAUGGUAUCGAUGCCGCCCGAUGAUGAACGUACUGUGGAAAGUUGUCGCCGAAACCAACCAUGUAGCUCAUCUUCAAGGGAUUGUUCCCCAGUAUAUAAUCCACCUGAGAUCAUUAUGUUGUGUUACUGCUAUAGCUGAAUCUACUUGGACUCUUUAAGAAUUGGUGAGUUAAGGAAGACCUGUGAUUUUGCAAAGCUCUGCAGUUGUUUGACGGAGAACGUGUUGGCGCCGCAGCUUGCGGCAGGGACCUGAAUGAUGUUUAGGUAGUCGCUGUAAAUACUGCUGAGGAAAGCAGCAGUUGCAGCAUACUGGAGUGGUCUGAAGUUAUCUUUCCGGAGAAGCAGCCCACCUGCACCGACCCACAGGCACUGCUGCAUCUCUUCAUUAUGCUAUAUAUUACUGUUCCUAAUGAAAUUGCUUUUUCUUUUUUAACUUUAAAAUGCAUGUAAAUGAAAAAUCCAAUAUCUUGUUUAGGCAGGAAAAUGAAAUGGGCUUCUGAACAA